AGCCUGCCUCCAGUCCAUCAGCUGGGCUCUGUCAGAAAGGGACUGAAACACAGCACAGGAAGAGGCUGGGGAUCAUCAAAGCCUGUGGAAGGAGCUGUACAGGUCCAUAGACCCUGGAGGGCUGCAGUCUUUUCUCUUGCCAGAGCAGUGAAGACCCGGCUAGAAGUUAUGCGAGUCCCAUCACUAUUCCCAUCUGACCAGCUGUGAGAAAGGACUUCGGGAUGCGCCCUUCAGAACAGAAGCAUCCUGAAGAUGAUGAUUAAGAACAGAAAGCUGCGUUCUGGAUCUCGUUUAGUUCCCCUCAUCUUCCCAAUGUGCAAGAGACUGUUCUGACCCCGAAGAAGUGGCUUUGGGUAGAGAAAUGACACAACUGAAGGUCUCUCUCUUUUAACUCUUCAGUGUUUGUCCGCAGACAAUCCCUCCUUUGCGAUUUUGGUGGGAGAAAACUUGGAAGAAAGAAAGAACAAGAUUUUCUUUGCUGACUCAGAGACAAAUUAUUUUGCUCUUUCCCGUUGCAGUUGGUAUCUCCGGAGCUGGGAGGAUGGCUGGGGAGCUCUCCCUCAACCUCACCGUGCAGCCCCCAGGAGGAAAUGUAAGCAAUGCUUUGGUGCCAGGGGUGCUGCUGGAAACAGACCUCCUGCCCCCUUCCCGGGGCACGGCGGUGUUUAUCGUCCGCUGUGUGAUCCCCUCGCUUUACCUGCUCAUCAUCACUGUGGGCUUGCUAGGCAACAUCACCCUGGUGAAGAUCUUCAUCUCCAACAGCGCUAUGAGAAGCGUGCCCAAUAUCUUCAUCUCCAGCCUGGCCGCCGGAGACCUCUUGCUGCUGGUGACCUGCAUGCCGGUGGAUGCCUCCCGCUACCUCUUCGAGGAAUGGAUGUUCGGAAAGGUGGGCUGCAAACUCAUCCCUGCCAUCCAGCUCACCUCGGUGGGCGUGUCCGUCUUCACUCUCACCGCCCUGAGUGCAGACAGGUACAAAGCAAUUGUAAAUCCCAUGGACAUCCAAACAUCAAAUGCAGUUCUGUGGACGUGUUUUAAAGCUUUUGCCAUCUGGAUAAUCUCCAUGAUGUUAGCAGUUCCUGAAGCAGUUUUCUCUGAAGUGGCCCACAUCAAUGGCACAGAUAACGUCAGUUUCAGGGCAUGCAUACCAUAUCCCCAGACAGAUGACAUGCAUCCGAAGAUCCACUCUGUGCUGAUAUUCUUAGUAUAUUUCCUUAUUCCUCUCACCAUCAUUAGUAUCUACUACUAUCAUAUUGCUAAGACUUUAAUUAAGAGUGCACACAAUAUCCCUGGAGAAUAUAGUGAGCAUUCUAAAAGACAGAUGGAAACUCGAAAGCGUCUGGCAAAAAUUGUUCUGGUCUUUGUUGGCUUUUUUGCCAUCUGCUGGUUCCCUAACCAUGUAUUGUACAUGUACCGGUCCUUUAAUUACAGUGAGAUCGACCCAUCACUAGGACAUAUGAUCAUUACCUUAGUGGCCCGAGUACUGAGUUUCUGCAACUCCUGCGUCAACCCAUUUGCACUGUAUUUUCUGAGUGAGAGUUUUAGGAGACAUUUCAACAGUCAGCUUUCCUGCAGGAGGAAAUCUCAUCAAGAGAGAUCCACCAGUUAUCUGCUCAGCUCCUCUGCCAUACGAAUGACUUCUCUGAAAAGUAAUGCCAAGAACACUGUGACCACCUUGACUCUACUGAAUGGGCACAACCUAAAACAGGAAAUGUCAUUAUGAUUUCAUCAGUGGAGCACUUUACCUAGGAAUAAUUCUGAGCUUUUAUUUCACAGCCAUGUCAAUAGCUUAAGGUGCUUUCACUAGUCCUUGAAACAGAGGAUUGAUCCAAGUCUUUCAGUUUGGGACCCUUGCAUAUCUAACUUCUAAUUACUUUCACACAGAAAUGAAUGAUAUUACUGAGUGAGAAGAGAAGAAUGAGGGUUUCUAAGACUGUUUGUUAAGGGACAUAAUUCUGUACAUUUAACAUGCAGGACAACAAAGGUAUGCUGUUAAUAGUGGUGUAGCUGAUAUGAUGUUAUUUAAAAAAGAAUAUUGAUUCACUUAGCCGAACAAUUUAUGGUACGUGACUUUUUAUGACUAUUGCUAAUUGCUCUUGUCCUGUUCUAAUAGAGUGUAUGAGGAACACAACUAAAAAUGAUGCACACACUCUGUUCAUUAGGGCUGGGAGAGGUGGUUUUUCCAAAGCCAUAGGUUUUAGAUUCCGAAGAGAAUCAAAACGUUGUGAAGGCUGGAUUUGCAGUUGUGCAAAUCUGCAUAGUUCCAUUCACUUGAAUGGACCUACAGCAAUUUACGCCAAAUACAAAUUUGGUUUUUGAAGUCCAAGUUCUGUUUGGCUCUGGCAGACCAUGAGUUCUGGGAGGCUGCAUUUUUAAAAUCGCAUUCUUCUGUUAUUAUAGUCCUAGAAGCAGUGAAAGAAUUACAAGGCACCCAGAAUCUGUCACUUGCAUAGUACAGGAUUCCAUUUAGUUAGAAUUUUGAAAAUGACAGUUCCUUUGAAAAUUAGUUAGCUAUGUCAGGGUAAAAAGCAUUUGGUGAAACUCAAAAGUUUCUCAGAAACCAAAAUAAAAUUCUAUGGUUUUAUAAAGCCUGCAACCCCACUGGGUAUGGCUACCUUGCAAUUUAAACACCUGCCGCUGGCCUGUGUCAGCUGACAGUCUCACCGGACUUGGACUGUGGGGCUAUACAGUUGCAGUGUGAUGUUAGGCCUCAGGCUGGAUUAUAGCUCUGGGACCCUCCCCCAUCAUGGGAUCCCAGAGCUUGGGCUCCAGCCCGAGUCAGCUGACAUGGGCCAGCCACAGGUGUUUGAAUACAACCACACUGCAAUUAGUGGUUUCUACUGUGUCUAUUGCUUAUUAUAUUUCACUCCUAAUUUCCUACUACCAAGUGCCCUUGUUGACUUAAAACUACUAUAAACUUCAAUGGAAAUGUUGAACAUGCAGUACGGCAAGAUUAAGGGUAAUGUUUUCAAAGAUCCCUAAGAGAGGUAGUAGCCAAAUCCUAUUUUCAAAAGUCUUAGAUAUAUAGAAGCUCCACUCUCUCACUGAAAGUCAGUGGGACCUAAGUCACUGAUGCACUCUUGAAGACUUUACCCGAAAUCCCUCAAGCAGGGAUUCUUAAACUUUGUACUUGUUUUAGUGCAAUUAACAGCAGAAAAUGAACAGGAACAGUACCAUGUGACCAGCCACCACUCAGUGGACCAGCCACAAAGCCUCUCAGGACCACAGUUUAAUCUCUAAAGGAUUAUGCUAUGGUGUGGAGAAUUUCAAUACUACUGCUUUCAAGGGGAAAGUUUCAGAGUAGGCAUUUAGCUGUAGGGCUGGGAUUGCAAGGAUGAUGAAUGGUAACUGAUUCUACCUUGCAAAAGAGAAAUGGUAAGACCUCCUCUUGCCCUGGUACCACCCUGUAUAAAGGGGCUUGUGGCAGGGUCAUCACCCUGCCAUGCCUCAAAGGGCUUAAAACAGCCCUAAGAGAGGGCUGUAGCCAGAGGAAAGCUAGGCUGAUUGGGGGAAGUAGCCACAGGUGGGGCCAUGCCCCAAUCAGGCCACAGCUGGCCCUGUAAGAGGGCUGCUAGCCAGGAGCUGAAAGAGAGACACUCUCUCUAGCUACAUGGAGAGAGGAGGACCUGGCUGCCUGGGAAGCUGAGGAGGGUACCUAGGGCAGGACAGGGCAGGGCAGUGCUGGGGAAGGGUCGAGGGAGCUGGGGAGCUCCAGCCUAGCAGACCCCCAGGCUGCAGGCCGAGGUAAAGGCCCACAAAAGGGUACUAAGGCUGCAGAGGAGCAGCCCAGACCUAGACAGAGGCAGCUAGUCCGACUUCCCUUGCUGCUGAUGAGUGGUGCAGACUGGAGUCUGCUCCAGGGAGUGGGGGCUAGAGGAUGACUGACAGUAGCCACUGAGGCAAGGGAGGGAUUGUGGGUUCCCCUGGGGAGGAAAGACCCAGACUGAGGGGUACUGCCAGAGGGAAGAACCCUAAUCUAGAAGGGCACCGGGGUCUGGGAGGGGCACAGGGCCAGCGACAGGCGAGACACUGAUUGGCAGAGGGCGCUCCUGGCUGAAAAGAGCUAAUUCCCUGGCCAACCAGCAGGAGGCACUGCAGCGGUGAAUCGUCACCCCGUCACAGGGCUACAGGGCAGGUGUAAGAUAGUGCAGAGCCAGUCAGGAAUGAGGGACAGUAGAUGGUGGGAGGAGACAUGGCCAGGGAAUAUCUGCACCCUGACCACUGCAACAAGGACAUAUAUUAGCUCAACCUUCAGGGAUUCUAUAGCCUGGGCCAAGGCCACAUAAGCUACUGCCUUUGGAACAGGGGAGACACGAGUCCCUUUUCCUCUAUCCCUGUGCUGUUGCCUACCCUGUGCAGGGAUGAAUCUGACUCUGAAUCCCUAAUGGAGCUGUAUUGACUUCAGUCUGCACACAGAGACGUUUGUAGAAGUAGGCCAUCUUACACUUAAUGAAUCAAUAACACAACACAAUUUAAAUCAAGUCUGCGUAUUUAGGAUAGCUUAUACUUUCAAAGGAACCAACGUCUCUGUGUUACAGUUCCUUCAAGAAGAAAAGGAGUACUUUCUCGGUUGUGCUACUGUUAAGUACUAGCUAUUUGUGGAUCUGUAGAACCAGUUAAAGCAUCAAACUACAAUUCUCUUUUCCAGUCUCUGAUAUCAAGGUACAAAAAUAGUUCUCUCCACUUUUAAAACCAUUUGAGAUCUUUUAAUAUAACCCUGCUAUUGAUCACAUUUUCAAAUCUCUCUUAAAUCUCUUAGAAUUAAAUGUAGUACAAAUGUUUUAUUAGAUUAAGCUAUUUGUCUAAAAUCAUUAUAAUCCAACUCUUUAGUGUGCAAUAAUGAAGAUAACAAACUGAUGUUAAUUAAAACCAAGGUCUACAGAGCAAUGAACAAAGAGAAAUAUGUCCCUGUUUUAACUGUCUCUUUUGGGCUGAACACUUGAUACUUAGCAUGCCUGUACAGCAAGAAGAAGAAAAUUGCUUUCAUGAGGACUGAAGAAACAAUCUUCUGUUCAGAUAUUCAGAGAAAUGUAACACUACUUCUCUUUUAGUUAUCAGAUUAUUGUAUUAAAUAACAUGGUGAUUUAGAUCCUGGUCCUAAAGACUUCAGCACAUGUGUAGCUAACCACGUGAGUAGUCCCAUUGAUUUCAAUGCCUAAGUGCUCUGCUGCAGCAGGGCCUAUAUAUUGGAGUGUAUACCUACCACUGUGAAGGAAUAAGGGGACAAACUGUAUUGCUAUUGCCCCCACAGGGGCACCUGUGCUAGAGAGAGAGAAACAGAGAGGAUUCACCCAGGAGAAAGUAGGCAGCAGUAUGAUUAGAAACCUAAAGUGAAAUUCUGGCUCCUUUGAAGUCAAUGGGACUUCACCAUUGACUUCAGUGCGGACAGAAUUUCACAUUUGGAGUUUAUAUAUAAAAUAAUUGUAUUGAGAGAUGCAUUGGAAUGGGUAAAAGGGGACCGGGUAUCCAAAUAGAAAGAGAGGAAAAAAGAAAGAAAGAAAUUAUUUUCCCACAGGACCUUCAGUCCAAGUAUCACUACAAAGGUUAGUUGAAACUCAACACCCCUCUGAGAUAGGGACAAUUAUACCCUGAUUCAAACUGAUAAAUUCACGAGGUUAAGCAAAAUUGUGGUUCAGUGGCAGCACUGGGGAUGACUGCCUGUCCCAGGUGUCUACAAUAGCUCCUUGGGAGGUGUGUAUUUGGCCAUUUACAGACUACUGGAAUGACUGAGCCAGAGGAAUUCUGACCCAGUAGGAAUGUAUGAUAGAACUGUCUCCUUCUUUAUUCUGUAAAGAACAUUCAUCUUCACAGACAGAACUCCAACUUCUUUAUUCUCUCUCCUCCUAUCUCCUCAACUGCAGGUCUUCUUUCUCCCAUUGUAGCUCAUUCCACUCCCCUCUCCUGUUUUUCUGUUAAUGUUCCCUCUCCUGAGUCAUCUCUUUGUCUCCCUACAUCCUCCAUGCCUGGGUGACCUCACAUCCCCUCUUAUAACUUUAUACUCUUGUCUCCCGAAUAUCAACGCUACCGCUGGCUUCUUCCAUUAGUCUCAUAUCUCUGCCUGCCCCUACUAUCUCACCCCACCCUGUCAAAAGAUGAACACUUCAUUUGAACUUCCAGGCUCCUCUUUUCUAUCUCCAGUGCCCAUCACCGCCCAUGGUCACCUCUCAGCUUUACUAGUGCACCUAUUUAGCCUCCCUGUUUCUCAUCUAAGCUAGACAGUCUCACUGUACAGCAUAGCAUUUUACAGACCGUUAGAGUGUAUCACACUUAUUAAUCCAUAGCAGCACUUUUCUGGUGCAGAGAUUACUUAAUGACACCAUUGUCCUACUGCAAAGGAACAGCCUGCUUUAUAAUGGAUUAUCUGACACUUACAUUUGACUUGUAUUCUUUUCCAUGUAACUGCUUUAAAUUGCUUUGUGUGGCAUGGGCAGCAUGAGCCUUUCUUUCUGGUAAAAUACCAAGCUACAGCCUUGUGGUUUCAGUCGUGUGGAGAAAAGUCACACUGGGACAACACGCUAGGGUGACCAGUCAGCAAGUGUGAAAAAUCGGGACAGAGGGUGGGGGGUAAUAGGAGCCUAUAUAAGAAAAAGACCCAAAAAUCAGGACUGUCCCUAUAAAAUCGGGACAUCUGGUCACCCUACAACAUGCAGCUCCUUACUGACAGAAGAAAAGCAGAUCUUCAGCUCAUAUUUCUCAGACAUAGUGCUCAAAGCUUGACUUGAGUAAACUAGCAGGUUCUCCUUGGCCAUGCUCUCUAUGUAGCCAUAGAGAGUUAUUUGACUUUCCUCGAGCUUUGCUAGGAUUUUUGCUAUGGCAAGAUGUAUCGCACAAAAGUAUUUUGAUUGUUUCUAUUCCUGUGCUUCAAUAAGCAUUGUUACCAUGUAUAAUUAUGUGUGUAGUGCUAUUUUCAUGUGGCUUGCUGUUGUAAUAAUUAAAAUGACCAU